AUGGCUGGAGAAGGAAGUAAACCAAAAGCAACUAUAGAUGAUGCAUAUGCAUACAUUAGGACUGUGAAGGAUAGAUUUCAGAACGAUCGUGAAAAAUAUGAUGAUUUUCUUGUGAUUAUGAAUAAUUUUAAAGCUAGGAGAAUUGAUAGGGAUGGUUGCAUACAAGACGUAAGGAGACUAUUUAAAGGGAACCGAGAUUUGAUUUCAGGUUUCAAUGUGUUUUUGCCGAAGGCUUUAGAGACCACUACUGAUUUGUGGAACUUAAAGAUUCGCUGA